CAUCCAUGCCAAGCACAACGCAGCUAAGACUAAUUAUAAUCAACUUAUGAACUCUCGUAUUGGCAUCCGAGCCAUCCCGCAAUAAUCGGACCAUCAGCCUUCUCUUCGUCAAUUGCUAGAACAGUUACUAUAUAUAUAAUGAAGGGGAUGCCACAGUGUUAAACUUCAUCACAAUCGUUUUGCCUCGACUCAACCAACUCCAAACUCGCCGUUGUACCCAAUCCAAGAGACCUUGACGAUUCAAGCACCAUGGUCCAUAUUCCAAGUAUGAUUGUGAAGAGCUGGAUACUCAUAGCCGGUGUCACCCAGGCUGCACCAGCAGGGCUAUCAGGUUUGAGUUUGCGGCAAGAUGCGGAGCCCGCGUCCUGCACCGACGAGGUUCGCCUGAUACGACGAGAGUGGGGGGACAUCUCUUCUGAAGAACGCCUGGCUUUCAUUAGCAGCGUUCAGUGUCUUAUGGAGCUCCCAUCGCGUAUUCCUGAAGGCCUUGCACCGGGGUCUCGAAGUAACUACGACGACUUCAUUGCAACGCACAUUAAUCGCACUCUCAACGUGCACACAAAUGGGGUUUUUCCCACUUUUCACCGCGAGUUUAUUUACAUCUUCGAAAAUGCUCUACGUACUGAGUGCGGCUAUCAGUAUGCUCUUCCGUAUGUUGACUGGACAAAGUGGGCCAGUGAUCUUGCUAGUUCACCGAUCUUUGACGGCAGUGAGACAUCGCUCGGCGGCAAUGGGAUCUUCGACGCGAAUCGUACUGCUGCAAUUAUUCCAGGAACCACAACAACGCUAGAAAACGGCGAUGGAGGAGGCUGUGUGGUAACCGGUCCUUUUGCUAAUCUCACUCUAUCUUUCCAAGUCUUUCCUCAGAUUACGGACUUUGGCAACCUUCCAGUUCUCGAGGAUCCUUUGGGUCACUACCCACACUGCUUGACCAGAGACCUGAACAAUGCCAUCGCAAGGGCUUCGUACUCAACUUCUAAGAUCGACAACAUCAUCUCAGCUCCAGACUUCAUCAACAUGGUAACUGAACUCGAUGCCUCUGGUGUCGACGGCAACAACGACAUAGGUGUCCACGGCGGUGGUCACUACUCGGCUGGUCCGGAUAUGUGGGAUUUCUGGGCUAGUCCAUCUGACCCUACGUUUUGGUUGCACCAUGGUUUUGUAGACAAGAUCUAUGCUGACUGGCAGUCUGGUGAUCCUGACACACGUGUUAAUGCAGAAUCAGCCAUUGCCGGGACAGAUGCUCUCUUCAACGAUGGAUCAGGCACCGCCGCCACGCUCGACUAUGUCAUUGAUAUGGGCUUCCUAGCGAGGGGCAAGCCAAUCAGAGACAUUGUCGACAUCUCAGGAGGGGACUACUGCUAUAGGUAUGAGUGAAGCUCGAUGUGGAUAUCAUACUAGUCUUGGAGAUGACUCUACUUGGCUAUCUUGGAUUUGGGCUGCUGUAAUGUGUAUAGAUACAAUCUGAUUUAAGUACCUCACGAGCUACCAAUGGGACUCGGCCAAUACUCACAAACACUGUCUUGCAACACUACAGUGCACUACAAUAGCACAGACUCGCACGUAUAAAACCUAGGUGGACUAAGUAGGAUCUUGCUAAGAGCUUAGUCUCGAGGGCGUUGUGGGAUAGCGGGAGUGUACUGAAUCGGAUUAUAAGAUAAGAACGAGAAUAUAUAAUAGCACGUAAGGGGAAAGAAAUAGGAGAAGUUUAACUAUAUAAUUGUCUAGAGAGUAGGU